AUGUCCCAAGGCUUUCAUCCUACCCCAGAACAGCUCGCAUUAGCUGAGCGACGUAGGCUGAAGAGAGAACAACGGAAGGCUACUGAAGCAAAAGAGAAAGAGGAACAGAGCCGCAUAUUGUCUAGGGAAUGGGUUACUCUGCAGGAUUCUACCAGAUGUCAACAUACCGUCCGAGUCAUGAGCUGGAAUCUCCUUGCUCAAUGCCUUGUCCGUCGAGAACUGUUCCCAACGAGUGACUGUUUGAAAGCGAAUCAGCGAGAAAACAUGUUAUAUCGGGAAAUCUUGUCCCAUAACGCGCAUAUAUGCUGCCUUCAGGAAGUAGACAGGACGGAGAAGUUGUUGCCCAUCCUCGAAAACGCUGGCUACGCAUCCGUUUACGCGUCGGGACCCCGUAAAAGGCACGGAUGCCUCAUUGCCUAUCGUAAAGACAUGUACAUCCAUGCCGGAGAGCACAUCGUACACUACGACGAGCAGGACGUGCGCGACGAAGGCUCCGAGAAGGCUCACAUUGGCAGUAGCUUUCGCACCAGGAAUAUUGCCUCUCUGGUCGCACUAAAACAGCGGGAAACGCAAAAUGAAGGUGUCAUCGUUGCAACUUCGCAUCUCUUCUGGCACCCAUCAUAUGCUUACGAGCGCGCAAGACAGGCAGCAGUUCUCCUUCGUGAAGUCGUCAGAUUUCGUGACGAGGGCGUCGGCAAUCCUCAAUGGCCUUGCAUAAUUGCUGGUGAUUUCAAUUUUCAGCCCGACGAUCCCGUGUAUUCGUUAUUAGUAGGCGAUCCCUUACUUCCAAAUCAAGCGGCACGAUUGGAUACGUCGCGUGUCGUACAUGCUUCGAUAGACCCCGACGUCGCCAUCACCUCUCCGUCACCCGCUGCUGAAGAUGAGGAGGGCGAGGAAGCAGGCGGCGGUGACCCAGACCGAGUCAUCGUCAACGCACGACUGGCCACCCCCGAGGAUGGACUGUUAACAAAUGCUGAGCUGGUCCAUUUCUUCGAGCGACUAAGGAGCCUGAGAAGCGUCUACGACGAAGGCCAACGGUUACAGCCGCAGUUGUCACAAAUGGGCCUGACUUUCGGGAGUAGAGUGUCCAUCCCUGAUGCGAGGCAUGGUGCCUUCGAACCUGUCUGGACAAGUUACACUCACUACUGGAAGGCGGUACUAGAUUAUAUAUUCGUUCUAGAUCCUCCAUCCCACAAGCUUUUAAUCUGUAGUCUUGCAAAACCACACUCUGCCAAUGACCUUGGCCUUGGCCUCCCUCGUCGCGGCAUUGGUGGCAGCGAUCACAUCUCCCUCGGUGCCGAGCUGGGUUGGAUAGUGGAACAGUAA